AUGACUGCAGCGCCUGUGGAGGGGGCGCACGCCUUGGUCGGAGAGGUCGCGGAGCAGCUCCGCGACCUUAAGCGUCGUGUCAACUUUGUUGACAACGACGUUCAUCAGGCUCGUGACCUGGCAGCGGAAGCGGAUAGUCGCUCACUGGUGACUGAGACUAUUGUCGCCGGCUUUGCUUGA